AGGAUUUUCAUAUGCGUAUCUCAUUCUGAAUCGCUACUCUGUUAUGUCAAUUUGUGUGUGAGACCCUUAAGCUGUAGUGCGAAAGUUGCUUAGUGCAAAAGCUUUGUUAGACAUAGUCUUGAUAAUAUCCUACCAUGUAAUUUAUGGUAAUUAGAUGAUUUUUCAUGGAUCGAUUGUAAUUCAGUACAUGUGCAAGUGGUUUACCAUGCGCCGCUAGGAGUGCUGUCGCGCGGCUUCGUAUCCCGGCAAUCCGCCAUUAUAGGCGUUGUGUGCGGCGUGUAGUUUCCUCAUCGAUUUAUCUUAACAGUUUUUAAGUACUAUUUGAGAGCCGUCUAGUAAAUCUAGUCGUUGCUAAUUAUGGCUCGAAGCCGCAAGGAUAGUACGGGCAAAAGCGAUUCUGAAGCUACAGAUAAGGAAAACAAGAAGGAAAGAGGUAGAGAACGGGAACGCAAAAAGAGAGCGGCUUCUUCAUCUAGCAGUGGCAGCAGUACAUCAGACAGCAGUUCCGGAUCAUCAAGUUCUAGCAGUGGAAGUAGUUCCAGAUCAAGCUCCACUUCCAGUAGUUCGUCUACCAGUUCAGGUAGCUCUUCGGGUAGUUCCAGAGACAGGGGACGAAAACGUAGUCGUAGCAAAAGUGUUGAUGCAUCCAGAAGACAUGAAAACAAAGAAAAGGAAAGAGAUAAAGAAAGAGAAAGGGAGCGGGAUAGAGAUAGAGACAGAGAACGAGACAGAGAGAAGGAAAAGAAAAAGGGUAGCAAUUCUGUUCCUGACAAACCCAAACCCAAAGGACGUUCUAGAUCUCCUUCUCCGCGUAGAAAGCGCAGAGAGCGCUCGCCAAUUCCUAGACCGACAAAAAUACAUAUCGGGCAUUUAACACGAAACGUCACGAAGGAGCACGUCACAGAAAUAUUUUCGGCGUACGGCCAAAUAAAAAUGGUGGACUUCACGAUGGACAAACUUCAUCCGAAUCAGGGAAGGGGAUUCGCCUAUGUUGAAUUCGAGACUGCGGACGAGGCUGAAAAUGCCAUGAAACACAUGGACGGCGGGCAAAUAGACGGCCAGGAAAUCACAGCCGCGCCAGUAUUAUUGCCGAAACCGCGACCAUUGCCGAUGCGACGUAUGUCACCUGGUAUGGGUAGACGCGCGCCUCCACGAUGGAUGGGUGGUGGCAGGAACACACCGCCACGUUAUCGCAGACGUUCACCGCCAAUGAAUCGUCGCAGAAGUCCUCGACCACCUCGACGCAGAAUAAGGACACGAUCGCGAAGUCCACAAGGGAAUCCACGUCAUCGACACCGCCGUUACACGAGAUCCAGCUCGAGCAGCUCGCGAUAAUGUGUUAGUUGCUUUGUAAAUAAGAGACAUUGAAUAUAACGAUUGCAUGUGAUCAUCAUGCAUCAAUUGGAGGUCGAUCGUACAUUUCGGAAUAGUGAGAAUUACAAAAAAAAAAAAAAAAAUUCGAAAAACGGUGUUUUCUUCCUUAUAAUCGGAUCUUAAAUACAAAAUCUGACGAUAAGUACCGUCCUUAGAAUUUAAUUUUGUAAUUCUUAUUAUAUUCUGAAAUAUCUCCUCCUCCCAAUCGCCUCCUUGUUUACAUGUCUAUGUGAAGAAAACAUAAUAAUUUUGUCUAAAUAGUCGAUAUGUAUUUGCACAGGAAUAUGACUAUGGUUUCGUUAAUAAACAUCAAUAUUUUUUAUGUUCUUGUCAAUACAAAUGAAAUUAUUUACAAGUUGAUAAGUACUUGAAAAAUAUAAUUUCACGAGACUUAAAAAUUGUCUACGAUACACUGGCAGUUAUGUUUUAAAGUAGCAUUAAUCUGUCUAAAUUGAUCAUGUAUUUAUUUCCUUUGCGACAACUCAUGAAAAAUGAAAAAAUUUUAUCGUACUCGUGAAUAUAACUUUGCUUCUCACGAGAUUGCGCGAAAGAAAUAGAUAUUUGAUCGAUUUACAGACUAGUGCUAUGACCUUAAAACUGCGACCGCAUUAUAGAAGAUUUCUUAAUGAUACAGCAUUUCGUGAUCGAUGACUUUUUACAAAAAGAAAAUAUAUUGUUAUAAGGUAUCUUUCACUGCCGUAAGAUGUAUGGAGAAUAUCGCACGCGAUAGAAAAUUAAUUUUUCAAGUUACUAACAAAUUAUUCAAGACUGCUAAAAUGUGCUAAAAUUUAAUUAUGAGAUAGUAGGUCGAACUUUUUGUACAACUUUUUGAUUAAGGCUCCUGGUUUUUUGCUGCGGAACCCUAAAUUGAUGAUGUCAGAAGCGAGAAAAUAAAUACAAAACAUUUUUGCAAAAUA